AUGGCUCUUCUUCUAUCAGCAUCUUCUUCUUCCAAGAGAUGGAAAUACAAUGUAUUUCUCAGUUUUAGAGGCAAAGACACCCGUAAAAAAUUUACUGAUCAUUUAUAUGCAGGAUUGAAACAAAAAGGCAUAUCCACUUUCAAGGAUGAUGAAAAACUCAAGCAGGGGACAUCUAUUGCCCCAGAGCUCUUGAAAGCAAUAGAAGAAUCGAGGAUUGCUGUCGUUAUUCUAUCAAGAGACUAUGCUUCUUCGAGUUGGUGCUUAACUGAACUAACAAAGAUCGUUGAGUGCAUGGAAAAGACGGGAUUGGUUGUUCUACCUGUUUUUCAUUAUAUAAAUCCUAGUGAUGUGCGGAAUCAUAAAGGGACUUUUGGAGAAGCCUUUGCUAAACAUGAAGAGAGUUUCAAGGAUAACAUAGGAAAUGUGCAAAUGUGGAAAUCUGCUCUGACAAAAGUUGCUGAUCUUGCUGGAUGGGAUUUAAAGGAUAAAAAUGAAUCAAUAGUUAUCCAAAAAAUCAUUGGAAGGAUAUUUAGUGAAUUGUAUCACAAACUCCCUUGUGUUUCUAAGGACCUUGUUGGAAUGGACUCCUUUGUGGAGGAAAUGUUGGAUUCAUACUUGGGUGAAGGGUUGGGUGGUGUUCGCUUUGUUGGGAUAUGUGGGAUGGGUGGAAUAGGCAAAACAGCCCUUGCACAAGAAAUUUAUAGAAGAAUUUAUGGUAACUUUGAAGCUAGUAGCUUUAUUGCUAAUGUUGGAGAAGAAACUAAAAAUCAAGGUCUAGUUUCUUUACAAAAACAACUUCUUUCUAAGAUCCUCAUGGAAAGUGAAAUAAACAUAUGGAAUGUCUAUGAGGGAAUCAAUGUUAUAAGGAAUACAAUAUCUAAUAAAAAUGUUUUUAUUGUUCUUGAUGAUGUGGAUGGAGAAGAACAAUUAGGAGCAUUGGCAGGGGAGCAUGAUUGGUUUGGUCUAGGGAGUAGGAUCAUUAUAACAAGCAGAGAUAGCCAUUUAUUGAGAAGAUGUGGUGUUGAUGAUAUAUAUACAGCUAAGGUGUUGAACAACGAUGAUGCUUUGCAACUUUUUAGUUGGAGAGCUUUCCAUAAACCUUAUCCUAAAGAAAAUUAUGUGAACUUGUCCAAGGACUUUGUGAAUUAUGCUAAUGGCCUUCCUUUAGCUCUUAAAGUUUUAGGUUCUUCGUUGUUUGCUAAAAGAACGAAUGAAUGGAAAAGUGCCCUAGAUAAACUAAAAGAAGAGCCUAAUAGAAACAUUUUGGAUAUACUUCAAACAAGUUUUGAUGGGCUAACAAAUAUGCAAAAAGGAUUACUACAAUAUUGGCGUUCUUAUGGACAAAUCUCUCAUAACCAUUGA